AUGGAAUUAUACAUAAGAAGCAAUUACAAGAAGUUUCUUUCAAUUCUCUCACUAGCGAAAGGAUUAGAUUACGGCCAAAAUAAACUCUCCAAGCUAAUAAUGAAAUCUAACAGAGGAGUAGCCCUAACAGCACUCUUUCAGGCGCAAGAGUUCAAUGAGCUGUACAGAGACACGAUGGCAAUCCCGAAAACAGGAAGUGGUCUCUACAGGUGCGCACUUGGGGCAAUUGCAGCAUCAAUUUACAACAAAGAAUUAAGACAGGCCCACCGACUAGCAGAGCACUUCAUAAGUGCAGAUGCACCCACCACUUGCCAAAUACUUCUACUAGUAAUAGAGGGACACAUAUAUUUGACAAAUAAGCAGAACUUGAAUAUGCUUAAGUGCAAAGCCUGGUCAAAAAGAGUCUUGGAAGAACUAAAAGAUCAGUUCUCAUACGGGCUAUUCAUACUAGCAUAUAAGGUCCAUAUGGAAGUACUUCUAGACACAGAAGACGAGACUUUGUUUAAGCUAUUUUCUGUUGUAAAAUGUGCAGACCCAGAAUACUUUUCCGUACUAGAAGACAUAAAGGACAUAAGAAAAUUAGAGAACUUUUUAAGACUGAAGAAUCUGCCGCAUGAAAAUAUGAAGAAGAUCUAUAUCUUAAAGAAUCCACUGACCAACAAGACGGAUCUAUUAGACUACUUCCAGGAAAAUCCAACAGACAAAGAAACCCUUCAGUACGUAAUGGAAAGAAGAGUGUUCCCAGAGUUAGUGAAAUUAGCAACAGACCUUGGGAUAAUGGAAGGAGACGUAAAAGACAAGCAGAUACCAAGGCCAUGGAUAUAUCCAUUCCAUAGACUGCCGGGGGAUACAGAUGAAACUGCAAGCGGAAAUAAGUCAAAUAAUUACUUGAAGAAGCUUGUGAAGAAUAAAAGAAAACUAAUUGUAGAAGGCGUACAUCCUGGACCUGUAAAAAGUGUGAAGGUGCCCAGGUCAUUCAAUGUGUCGCACGAUAAUUCAGAGGAUGGGAUGGACGAGUACUUUGGAGAUAUAGAAGUGCAUGCACCCAGAGACACACCUGCAAGAAAGGUACACAUGCCACAAGAAGAAUAUUUAGAUCAGGCAGACGAAGAAGUGAAGGAUAAGCCCGAGAUGUCAGAAGAUGAAAGUGGCGAGGAAGAAGGUGGUGAAGGAGAAGAUGCAAAUAUGCAAAUAACACCAGAAGAUGCAAAGAGAUUACUUAAGGAGUUUAUAAACACUGAUUCAGAUAUAGACACAGACGAAGAAGAAAUAGAAGGUGAAGAAAUAGAAAGUGAAGAUGGUGAAAAAGAGAAAGAAAAAACUAUCCAGGAACAUGGUAUAGACGAAGAAACAGAAGAAGAAGGUGAAAGUGAAGAGAGUGAAAUUAAAGCUGAAGAGGCAGAAGAAGAAAGUACUGAGGACAUAAAAGAGAAAGAAAUAGAAUUAGAUGCAGCACAGGAAGAACAGACAGACUUAGAUGCAGUAGAGACAGAAAUGGAAGAUCUGCAAGAAUCCGUAAGCAAUAAUGAAGAAACUGAAGAGGCAGAAGAAGAGAGUGAAAAUGAAGAUUUACAACAAGCUGAACCAGAAGUAGAUGAAGAAACAAAUAAUCUAGCAGACUUUGACUCUAGUCUAAACCACUUAAGUAGUGAUUCACUAAGCUUGUAA